GCAGCCAUGGUUGCAAUCCACACUACGCAUAUCGUCGCGGCGGCGGCUGGCUUUGCCGCUGUGUACGUCACAUUGGGGCAGUUCACGCACGUGGAGCGGGUCAUCUCCAAGGUCACUCCCGUUGCCAUCCUUGCGUUCCUCAUCUACCGCGGCUACGAGCUGCAGGAAUCGUCGAGUGGAGCGUCGCUUCUCGAGGAAGUCGUGUCGUGGGGAUCCAAGCACGCCCCUGUCUCCACGUACCUCGUCGGUGACGCGCUUGUCCUGUGGGGUGGCAUCUAUCUUGUGUCCAUCAUCGUGCCUGAACUCCGUCAAGCUCGCUACGGAUUCUCCAAGAAGCGCGCGAUCAACGUGUUUGGUCAAAUGGCCAUCACGAUCCUCCAGCGCAUUCCGUUCCUCGCGUCGAAAUACCGCAAGGAAAUUCGGAAAAUGGAAGUCCAAAUCGAGUCGUCGCUUCAAGAACACGCCAAGUCGGCCGAGGAGUUCCCCAAGCAAUUCACGCUGCCGGAGGAAGGCAAGGCGAACGCGGCCGUGCUGGCGACCAUGCAAGCCAUGGCGAAGGGCGAAGACAAGCGGUGGAAGGACGGGUUGGUGUCCGGCGCGGUGUACCACGGCGACGACGACCACGUUGCGCUGCUCAACCAAGCGUAUGGCCUCUUCAACGUGACCAACCCGCUGCAUGCCGACCUGUGGCCGUCCGUGGUCCGCAUGGAAGCAGAGGUGAUCUCCAUGACGGCGAGCUUCCUCAACGGCGGCAACACGGACGUCUGCGGCGCGCUCACGUCCGGCGGCACGGAAAGCAUCGUGCUCGCGACCAAGACGCACCGCGACUGGUUCCGCCACGACCACGGCAUCACGCGUCCGGAGAUCAUCGCCGCCGUCACUGCGCAUGCCGCGAUCGACAAGGCGUGCGAUAUGUUUGGCAUCCGACUCAUCAAGGUGCCAGUGGACCCCGUGACGUUCCAGAUUGACGUGGCCGCCGUCAAGUGGAACAUCUCGGCCAACACGAUCCUCAUCUACGCGAGUGCGCCGUCCUUCCCCCAAGGCACGAUCGACGACGUCGAAGCGCUCUCCAAGCUCGCGGUGACCUACGGCAUAGGGCUGCAUGUGGACUGCUGCCUCGGCGGUUUCGUGCUGCCGUUCGCCAAGGAGCUGGGGUACCCCGACAUUCCGUCGUUUGACUUUUCCCUCCCGGGGGUCACGAGCAUGAGCUGCGACACCCACAAGUACGGGUACGCGUCGAAAGGCACGUCCAUCGUGCUGUACAAGUCCAAGGCCAUCCGUCGGUUCCAGUACUUCGCCUACUCGGACUGGACUGGCGGACUGUAUGCAACCCCCACAAUCGCCGGCAGUCGCCCCGGGGCGUUGAGCGCGGCUUGCUGGGCCGCCAUGAUGCGCAUGGGGCGACGGGGGUACCUGGAGAAGACCCGCGGCAUCAUGGAGACGGUCAAGGUGAUCAAGGCCGGCAUCGCGUCCAUCGAUGAGCUACACCUUCUCGGGGCGGGGGCGGCCAUGGUGGUGUGCUUUGGCAGCCGCGAGUUUAACAUUUUGAAGGUCAGCGACCACUUGACAACGCUCGGGUGGAGUUUGAACGCGCUGCAGCACCCGACGUGCGUGCACUUGUGCGUCACGUGCCGACAGAUUGGCAAGGGCGACCAGUUCGUCAAGGCGUUGAAGGAAGCGGUGGCCGUGGUGAAGAAGGACCCGACUGGCAAGCUCGAUGGCGGCAGCGCCAUGUACGGCAUGGCGUCCAGCAUGCCCGCGGGACCCGUCGAAGACAUUCUGCGCAUCUACCAAGAUUGCACUCUCAGUUUGUAGAAAAUGCUGCUAUUAACUUCACAUGAAUGGAUUGGAUUAUGACAA